AUGUCAAUUUGGGAUUUGGUGAGAGAUCCGUCGCUGCCGCCGGUGCCGCUGUUCUGUCUGCGAUCCUCGUUAACCCUCUCGACGUUGCCAAGGUUGCAAUUACAGGCCGUUGGUGUCCCCCAUCACGACAGUCUUUGUCGUAUGGCAUGUUUUGAAACAAACACGAUGUUUGCAGAUAUGAGAUGUUCUCCAUCAUGCACUCAUGCAGCUCCUGGUGCUGAAUCAGCAUGUUUGGCAGAUUGCUCCCAAUAUAAAGGAACAUUGGAUGUCUUUUACAAAGUCAUACGUGAGGAAGGAAUUGCAAGAUUGUGGAGAGGCACAAAUGCAAGCUUGGCGUUGGCCAUACCUUCCGUGGGGAUCUAUUUGCCUUGUUAUGACAUUUGUCGCAAUCGUAUGGAAGAAUUUAUGUCGAAGAAUGCUCCAAACAUGACCCCGUACGUCCCCUUAGUUGCCGGAUCCUUGGCACGCUCAAUAGCUUGUAUCACAUGUUAUCCUGUUGAGCUUGCAAGAACUCGUAUGCAGGCGUUUAAAGAGACCCGGAAUGGUUUGAAGCCUCCAGGAGUGUGGAAGACGUUGGUUGGAGUCAUCUCCCCUGUCAGGAGCAAAAAACAUAUCCAAAGCUCAACACGAAGCUAUCGGAUCUUAUGGACUGGCCUUGGAGCACAGCUUGCUCGCGACGUUCCUUUCUCUGCAAUCUGCUGGUCAACCCUUGAGCCAGUCAGGAGAAAAAUCUUAGGUCUGGUGGCUGAUGAAGCAAGCAUAGCCAGUAUCCUGGGGGCCAACUUUUCUGCUGGUUUUGUUGCAAGAAGCGUUGCAGCUGCUGCUACAUGUCCUCUAGACGUUGCAAGGACCAGGCGGCAGAUAGAGAAGGAUCCGGCCCGAGCAUUGAACAUGACGACAAGACAAACAGUAGUUGACAUCUGGUGGGAUGGAGGCAUAAAGGGACUGUUUACAGGAGUCGGUCUCCGUGUUGCUCGUGCUGGCCCUUCAGUUGGAAUUGUAGUUUCAUUUUAUGAAGCUGUCAAAUACACACUGUAUAGGAGACAUCUGAGCCAGUGA